AUGAAGAACUACGAAUAUCCUCGGGUCCGACCCCCGACCUCUCUGCAGCCCCCCCAAAACACUGCUCCUGCACGUUUCUCGUGGAUGGAAACACCGGCGGACGAAGAGAAUCGGGCCUGGGAUCAUAAUUCGGGAAGAGAAAGGAAACCAAGUACCCCAGCACCACCGGCGCUGCAGCUGCAGAACAUGGAAGCGCCGCAAGGAACAUUGCUGGUGCAGCACCCACAUCAGAUUCAGAAUCCGGCGGUGGCACAACAACAACAACAGCAGCAUCAGUAUGUCCAGGAUCCACGGUACCCAAGCGCCUACACCACGCCGCAAAUACCUGUACAAGUACCAAGUGUGCCCACACCAUCACCUCCUCAAGAACAACAAUCAAUCCCUCAGCCUCCUGAUCCUGUGAAGCAGCCCUCAUCGGACAGUAAGCCAUCCGUACCCAUUGGCCCCGACGCCAAUCCGCUAGUACCUACCGCUCCUAGGGGACUACAGAGAGCCAACACGAACAUGGCGAUCGUUCCUCCUUCUGCCAGUUCGGCACAUUUCUCUAUCGGCGUAUAUACGCCAAGCCCACAGGCGAUCAAAGGUGGCGCAUGGCAGCACGCGAUACUCUGGGGCUGUGAGGCUCUUCAGAAUUGGUUGAAGCGCCAAAUUGAUAAUUGGGAUAAACAAAAUGACGCCUCAAAUAAACCAGAUGAAGACUCAAAUGGACAGGAGGAUGUUCCGAACGAACAAGCUGAGGCCUCGAAUCAACUAGCUCUCAAAUUCUUCGGCCACGAUCUUGGGGACCGAUGUAUUGCGCCAAACGCUGCUGGUACCAGAUGUCAGCGUAAUGUGAAACAGGACAACCGGGAUUGGCGCUGCAACUUGCGCAAAAUACUCCUGUCAACAGACACUACAAGCUCAUUGUUUCGCCGAGCUUUAGAAGCGUAUAUCAUCUCUUGCACCUGCCACAUUAAGCACAACACUAUUCUCGAGGCUAUUCAGCAAUACAUGCCCCAGUGGGAAGACGAAUUGAUCGUCUACUACCAGCAGAAAAAAGAUGCUCUUGUAGCGGAUCAUACGAUGGAAGCUGCCGCUGUCGACAGUGCCCGAGAAGAUGUUGAAAACCUUGAACCUUUUGCGAACGCUGUUGAAGAACAACUUGAUUCAGAUGGAGAGGAUGAUGUCCAUGAUGACUCUAAUGAUUCCACCACAGAGAGCGGCGAGGAGGACGUUGAUGCUGCUGAAUCCCCGCACAUUUCUCGUUGGCGGGGAGGAUCCAGUGCGACCCCACCUCGAUUCACACCGUACAGGAGGGACGAAAACAUAUGGGAUCUGAUGAUUCAACCUCCCUCAAAGAAAGAUGCAAAAAAGGGUUCCAUCUAUGUGCUUGGUUUACCUGGUGCUCGUGAGCAUUUGAAGAUUGGUUACUCCAAACGCCUUGAUGUGCGACUGGCAGAAUGGAAAGAAUGUUGCGAUCUCGAAUACAAGGUUCUAUGGCGCUCGCCGAAGGUCCGUCACCCCAUGAGAGUUGAAAAGAUCCUUCAAAUUCAGUUUGAGAAGGAGCGUGAGGAGGCAACUUGUCCGGGCAAGGGCAAGAUAAGACAUAAUGAAUUCUUCAAACUCGAAGAACAAGAUGCUCGACGUGCGAUCAUUCAUUGGAUCACAUGGAUGAAAAAGCUGAAGCCUUACGAAAAGAAACCCCCGCACACGCUUACACUAGCGUUUGUGCGCACGUUGGUCUCUCGGGACAUGGAGGGUGACCCUUUGUUGAAGUGUUGGGUUGGGAAAACAUGGUUGCCUAGACGCAUUCUGACAUAUCAUGUUGAUGACUGGGAAAUGGAGGGAUCUGCUUCACCUAUGCAGCCCGAGAAUAUGGUCGGGCAACUUGGGUCUGGAAAGAAGAAAGCUCCCCGACAGCAAGAAGCCGGGGUGAACGGAACUCUGUCAAGUCAUGCUAGCCGUCUGUUUGUACGAUAUGGGCAAAGUUCUGCUGAUAACACUCAAUAUCAGGAGCCUCUUGAUAGCUCCAAAGAUGACGAUGACGAAGCGCAUGACACACGCGUGACGCCAUCUUCUUCACGAAACAAGAGACCAAGCGGGCCAGGCUCUUCGAGUAGAGGCAAGAAAUCUUCGAGUACUGGUGAUGAUGAUACGCCAUCAAAGCCUGCUCGUAGGCCAGGUGGAUUGGAAGGUGCGAGAAAGAGCUCGUCUCAACUGUCUAAAGCCGCAUCACGAAGUCAUUGUCAGGAUGGGGCUUCGUCAACGACGCCUUCGAGAAUGGGGUCCGCCAUGUCUUCAUUGACCCUCUCACGGUCACCACCCAGUGAUGAUAUCAACGGCAUCCUCGAAGAUUAA